UAAUAUUCUUAUGCGGUUUUUUCACUGCAAUCUUUAUAUCUGAAGAAGUUAACAGUCGUGGAAUUUUUCUUUUAAAUAUGGUGAAUUUUGUACUUAUAGUUAUAUUAUGUUUUAUAAAUGGAAAUUUAGGAUCGAACAGUGAAGAGAACCCAAUUAAUGAUAAACUUCCCGAAGAUGGCAGAUUUAAUUUUACACAGCUAGCUAGAAAAUAUGGUCAUCACGCGAUGGAAUAUAAAGUUACUACUGAAGAUGGAUAUAUUCUUGGAUUAUUUAGAAUCCGUGGAAAGAAUAGAAGAAAUAAGAAAAGACUACCAGUAUUGCUAAUGCACGGAAUCGCUGACUCAUCAGAUGCUUGGCUUAUAAGAGGGAAUCUUUCCCUGGGUAUUACGUUAGCUAAUUCAGGCUAUGAUAUUUGGUUUGGUAAUAUACGGGGUAACAGAUAUUCCCGGAAUCACGUUAAACUCGAUCCUGAUAAAGAUGUACAAUUCUGGGAUUUCAGUUUCCAUGAAAACGGUUAUUAUGAUCUACCAAUUAUAAUAGAUAAAGUUCUAAAGGAAACUGGUUUUAAGAAGUUAAAUGCUAUCGGAUUUUCACAAGGAAAUACUAUAUUUUAUGUGCUGUGUUCCACGAGACCGGAAUACAAUUCAAAGAUAAAUGUGAUGAUGGCGUUGGCUCCGAUAUGUUAUUUACAAAAUGUACGAUUACCUCUUUCAUAUAUUAUAUCAAUAUCACCAGUGCUGUACGAUUUACUCAGUGAUUUGGGUAUAAAUGAAGUAGCUAAUGAUAAUUCGUUACUUAACACGUUUGAGAAAAUUAUCUGCACGUUACCAGAUAUUGGAUACGAUGUAUGCAUUGAAAAAAUUAUGUUCCCUUUUACUGGUUACGAUAGUGAGGAACUCGAACCUAGUUUUGUGCCAGUGUUAGUUGGUCAUUUCCCGACAAGUACUGCUUUGAAGUCUUUAUACCAUUUUGCUCAAGUUGGCUAUCGAAGGAUUUUCGGGCAAUUUGAUUAUGGUAUUUCAGGUAACCUUGAGAAUUAUAAUUCAACAAUUCCACCAAUUUAUGAUUUGAAUUUAGUUACAACAAAAAUAGUGUUGUAUGUUUGUUUAAAUGAUAAGAUAUCGACGGUUGAGGAUGUUCAAAUUUUGAGAUCUAGAUUGCCUAAUGUUGUUCGUUAUAUUGUAAGUCCUAGAUGGAUGUGCAAUCAUAUCGAUAAUGUAUGGGGUAAGCAUAUGUAUGAUUACUUGUUCCCGUACGUUUACGAAGUGUUAGAAUCAUAUUAAAGCGUCUGCAAAAUAUUUAAAUAAAAUCAAUUGUAUUAAUCAAAUUAAAUUGGAUGGCUAUUAUUUACUAUUAAUAAAAGUAAAUUUUAUAAUAAAUAUUUUUACUACUUAUAAUUUUCUUCCUCAAUUAUCCAUUUGACAGCAUCUAUAAUUUUUAAAUGAGUUCCGUCAGUACAGAAAAUGAGGACAGAUUAUCUAUUUUAGAUAAAACUUCAAUAUUUAACCAUCUAUUUUCAUUUAAUAGGACGUAUUCUGUUUCAAAAAGAAUAAUGAUGUGGGACGCUUUGAUCCCGGUUUCCUUUCGAGGCAGUAUGCUAGAGGGCGUAGUCACUAUGUCAAUUGUAGUGCGUUAAGUAUUAAUUACAUGAGGUUGUAAGUUUACAGAUAGGCAUGUAGCGGCGUGUCUGUUAUCGGCGGUGGACGCGGAUUGAUGAAUACACAAAUGAAACCGUUCCAAUUAAGUGCGGGGGCCGAAGCGGUCCCGCUAAUUGGACUCGAUAACAGGCUUUGAUGCAUUUGCAACGUAUUUUAUUUUUCGAGGGACGCGUUUGGAGAUUCGUCGCCAAUUGAAUUGUUAAAUUCGGUGCAAGUGUUUGUUAUUACUUAGGCGAACAAUUCUUAAUGUUUACAUAUCUUUUUAUCAUUCAUGUGUAAUUUUGCUUCGGCCGUUUCUGCAUAAGAUUUAAUUUAAUUGUCUUACUACCUUCUUUUGUGUAAUUUGAUUUGUUUGGAUUGAUGCAGAUUUUAGCAAAUUAGAAAGAGAAUAAAUUUGUAUGAGUGUUGAGACGGUGAAAGCUGAUAAUAAACGUACUUAUAUUAUUA